GUCGGCUGCGUUGUUGGCCACACAGGGGAUAGUCUGUCUGUCUUCUAGCUGGUUAGCGUCCACUGCAACUGAAGAACUGCAGGAAACUUACCUCACAGAGGAUGUCAAUGCGAAACUGGUGGCUGAGAUCUGCAACACCUUGGCAGUGGACAAGCAGCCACAUUCAGCUGGCUUCCGGACGCUCCUCAUGGCACCGUGGAGCAACCCUGUGGAGACGGAGGGCACCAAAAGACAAAAGCAGCCAAGACAACAGCACGCUGAGGAAGACGCGCGGAUCCAAGCUCAAGCCGCACAAGACUCAAACAAUGCCGGACCUUAAAGUGUCUACCUGGAAUGUACGGGGGCUGGGAGACACGGCGGACCGGCAGAAGAAGCCCAGGCUGAAAACCUGGCUACACGAUCAGAAAGUGCACUUUCUUCUCCUGCAGGAAACUAAACUCAACGAGGACAAGAUUCAGCAAGCCAGAGACUGGUGGAAAGGACCCCAAUUCUGGGCUCCUGCAGACGACACAAGAGGAGGAUGUGCGAUUUUAAUACAUCGAGGGCUCGAUAUGGAAAUUUUGGACCACCACCUGGACAUAUGGGGGCGAUGGAUAUGGGUGCAGCUGCGUCUUGGAACUGAAGUUUGGACAUUUAUGACGGUAUAUGCACCGGCGGAGAGAGCAAAGAGACGCUCCUUUCUCGAAGAAUUACCAGCGAUCAUUCCGAGGACAGAAAACCUCCUCCUUGUCGGGGACUUCAAUGUAACCUUGGUACCAGGCCUGGACUCACCAACCUUCACACCACCAAAAACUGAUGCGUUGAUGUUAGCCGCGCUGAUGACAGAACAGGGACUGACAGACACCUACCGUACUACACACCCGACAACAUCGGGAUAUACUUGGUUCUCGUCCCAGACGUCCGGAGACAGCAUCCCGCCGAAGAGGCGGUUGGACCUGAUUUUGGCAAAGGGCUCCCCUUGGGAGUCCCUUACGACUGUGGACUGUCUUAUAGAAUUUCAGUCACACCACAGGCCAUUGGUGGCCGGCUUCACCUUGCCAGACCAGCUGGUGAGGGGCCUGGGUACCUUUCGGUUGAAUACUGAUUUGCUCAGCAAGCCAGGGGUCUCGAAAUGGAUCACAACACAUUGGAGUGACUGGCAACAGACUAAAGACCAAUUCGAAGAAGAAGGCGACUGGCUGCAAAUGGGGCUGAGGACAGUCACAAGAGCUCUGGACGUCUUUUCCAGAAUGCAAGCCAGGGGUAGACGGCAGCAGGAAGAAGAAUGCAGAAGAAUGGUUGCAGAGGCAGAAGAGGAGCUAGCAAAGGAACCAAUUGCGGAGCUUUACUGGCAACGCAGGCGCGAUAGAUGGCUACAAAGGUUAGAGGAUCUCCAGGUGGAACAGCAAGUUGCAUGGGCCAAGAGGGCCCAGGAAAGAGGCAUUCAGACAGCGGACCGACUAACCAAGGAAACCUUUCAGCGACUUUGCCCUCAGCGACAACACUCGCUAAUGAGGGAACUGCAGCACCCCUUCCAUGUCGAGGCACCACCUGCAACGGACUCGGAAACAAUUGGAGAGUACGCCUUGGUGUACUUCAGGGACAUCCUUACUUCGCGGCGUGAACCGGACAUGUCCUUGCAGCAACUGCGGGAGGAACAAGAUCUUUGGCAGCACACGCACACUCGUCUGAGUCAGGAGGCAGCAACUGUACUUGAGCAACCUCUUACAGCAGAAGAGCUCCAACAAGCUGUUAAACACAUGGUCAGAGGGAAAAGCCCAGGCUCAGAUGGGCUGCCAAUCGAGUUCUAUGACAUGGCAUGGGAGCACAUUGGACCAUAUCUCCUUAAGCUCUACAAUCAAGUUCCGGAGGGCGCCAUCCUAACUGAAGACAUGAAGUUGGGCAUUAUCACGCUUAUUUACAAGAAGGAUGAGAAGUCUAAUAUUCGAAAUUGGAGACCGGUUUCCAGGCUCAAUGUGUCCUACAAGAUCCUGGCGAAGGCACUCUCCAGUAAGAUGGAGAUUCUCCUCAAUGCCGCCCGAGCUUCCUCACGCAUCCAAGGCCUUACACUAGGGGAAUCCGACACACUUCUGACGGGCGCGAUAGCUGAUGACCUUCUGUUAGUUAUGGAAGCAACACCGGAGUCUAUGGGGGAAGCCAAGACACUCCUCGACUCAUACUGCAAGGUCUCAGAAGCCCAGGUCAACUGGGGAAAGUCUGUUUAUUUUCUCCCGAUGGAAUACAGCCUGGAUGGUCAAGACAAGGGCAUGAAUCGCACCCCCCCAGACAUCUCAGAACGCUAUUUGGGUGUGCAAGUAUCGCUGGCUAAUGCUAGACCAAGACAGCAAGCUAUCGUGCAAGCCAGAGUCCAAGCAAGUUUGCGGCGCUGCCGCACGGCAGCAGGUACCUCUUUGUUGGGGCGAGUACUGCUCAUCAACACGGUUGUCUUUGCUCAAGUAUGGUUCAUAGCCGUUGUUUGUCUCCUGUCCAAAGAGGUUCUCAAGCUCCUGACAGCAGAUGCAACACGCUAUCUUUGGAAGCCGACCUCUCAGGAGGGACAAGGGUACAUCACGAAGUGCUCUUGGGUCAAAGUGACUAGUUGCAAACAAGAGGGGGGAAUAACCAUCAUCGACCCAAGACAGCAGAACCUUGCACUUUUAAUGAAAUGGUUAAUGAAGGCAGCAACCCAAGGGGAACGCAGAGGAUGGCAGAAAGUGCUAGAAUAUCUACUACAGCAAGAGUUAGGACUUAGCAGAAAGGAGGACAUCUGGUCCUGCCUCUUCAUGAGUUCCAAUGGACGUCGGCAACUUCAUUCACCAACAGGCAACGCAUGCUGGUCAGCAUGGCGGACCCUCCUCCCACAGGAGCAGGAGCAGCCUGCAACUAAGGAGGAAGUGCUGAGACAAAACAUCUUCGACAACCAACGGAUCCGAGAUCCGCAGGGCAGAACCUUUGUAGCAUCAGCAACGGCAGGCAACUUCGGACGAAGAUGGGUGGAGCGGGGAGUGGCCACGCUGGCGGACCUCUGGAACGACGAGGAGGAGGAGUGGAAAACAGAGCAACAACUCAAACAACAACUCGGAAGGCUGCAAUGUAUCCAGGACAGAACCAUGAGGAUCCAGGCAGCGGUACCUGCAGAGUGGCUGCAGCUGCUAAAAGGCCCGAAGCUGACCACAGGGAGGUGGUAUAGCAGCAAUCAGCAAGCGGGCCAGAUUACAGCGUAUCAUGUAACGCAGCAACUGGACGAGAACACGUGGCAGGCUCAGGCAUGGAUACCACAGCCAGAUCCCAGCUGCAGCAAUGAGCUGCAGCUGCAGGGGGAAGUUGCCUUGUAUGUUGGACAAGACCUCCAGCAGAUACGAGUACACCAAUACACAAAGAAAGGGGUGACUCACAGUCACCUCCUCCUCAAGGGCGUCCCUCUCAAGUACCUGCGCCUCGACCACUUGGCCUGGUCAUGGAAAACGCAGUCUGACACUAGAAUCUAUCUGCAUCAAUACACAUCCUCCUUUGGCAGAAGGCAGCUCCUCAAGGCGAAUGCUCUUCCAACUGUGGCAGCAGCAGCACUCAGCAGGCACACCACAAGCAGUCAACCCGUGACCAGUCGUGAGCUCCGUAAGCUGUGGGACCAACUCCCUGAUCUCCCCUCGCAGAAGAUGGCGGGCGUGCUCUGGCUCUUGUCCCAUUCAGCCAUUCCAUGUGCGGAAUGGCUCUAUGAAAGAGGCUUGGAAUUGGAAACGAAAUGUAGAAGAUGCGGAAGGCUCCAUGAGGAGACCUUGGUGCGCUUGUUUUGGGAAUGCCCAGCCUCGAAGCGAGUGUGGCAAUGGUGGGAGAGACACUGGCAUCGCUUUGUUGGCACGCUGCUGAACUGGGACGAGACUUGGGUAAUGUACGGGAAUAUACCGUCGUCCUGGUUCAAACGCAAGGGCAGGGGCUACGUGGCACAAGUUAUUCGAGCAGUCAUCAUCUGGGUCCUCUGGGAGGACAGAAAAAACAUCAUGUUCAAGGAACAGUGGACCAGCGAUUCCAUGCUCAUCAGGAAGAUAAAGACCUGGAUACGGACUCUAAUCAGAGUCGACUGGGUACGGAAGGCAGCCAGAGGUCGUUCACCCAGAAGAAGACUUUGGUUCUUGGUUACAUGGGCCAGAGAUAACCAGCUAGCGGCUAUCACACUUAACGGCAAGCUGGCCAUCACUCCCUGGCUCUAUAACUAGGAUGCUGCAGCACCUCCAUGUGUAGCCCGCAGCAAACCCAGGACGUCACUGACAGAGCUUUGAGU